AUGCGGAAUUGCAUCGGUUGGCGCGAGUUACAAAAGGCUAAAGUGUAUGGUGUCUCUAGUCCAGUGAAUAAAGUUGAUGCCGGACACUCAGUUAAAGGAUUUUUCUGGCAAGAGAUAGAAACAGCAUUUGAUAGUCGUGUACUUACUGGCGCAGUUAUAAAUGUCACGUAUAUCGAGCCUCGAAAUUUUCUUGAAGAUGCGAAAGAUGUGGUGCUGCAGCACGUACAAACGGCUCUUGAAAAACACGGAGCGCUGAAAGUGAACGGUGUGUUCAACGGCCGAUUCGUGGCAAAUAACAAACACGCUAACAAAUGUGUGAACACUAAAAACGUGGAGUUAUUCCAAAUGUCUGAUCUGCAAGAGUGGUACAAUCGAUCUGUUGUCGAUACGAUAUUGUCGAGUUUGGAGGAAUUUCAAGAACGCGAUAGCGGUUGGGCAUUACAACAAAUAUUGGAUCUGACUAUCAAUGUAAAUAAAUAUAAUCCCAUGCACGCAGGGUGCUACUUUAAAAUACCGCAAAACAUCCGGUACAAGAGGGCAACAAUCACUAUCGAAUCUGGAGACAAUGCAUG